AUGGCUGCUCCGGGUCCUUCCAUGGCUUCAACUUCUCCGAUGAAGUAUCAUGUUUUCUUGAGUUUUAAAGGUAACGACACUCGCACAAACUUCCCUGAUCACUUAUACUUUAGCUUGCUUCGACAACGAAUUGUAACUCUUAGGGAUGAUGAAGAUCUUCACAGAGGAGAAGUUAUUUCGGACAAACUCGUCCAAGCUAUUGAGCAAUCUAUGUCUGCGAUUGUUAAGAUCGUAGAAUCCAAAAACGACUCGAGCCGAACAAUUUUUCCAGUUUUUUAUGGCAUAUAUCCAAUUGAUGUACAAUGUCAGAAAAGGAAAUUUUCAACAGCUUUUGAGAAGCAUGAAGUUAGAUUUCCAGAUGAUAAAGUGCAAAGAUGGAGAGAAGCUUUGAUGAAGAUUGCUAAUUUGUCUGGUUGGGGUACAAGAGAUAAGUAA